CUCAGCCUCGCGUUGCUUGAAUCAUUCAUUGAGUAGUCCUACAUAUUUGACUAGCUCAAAUAUCCUACCUAGGCUGGGGCCCCGACCGAUGAUCUGGCGCUGAUCUGCCCCUUACCACUGCAUGGGUUGAUGAUCGCGACGGCAUUUAAAGACUCGCUCACUCCGCAUCGUGCCGUCUGCUGAUUUCUUCCCUUUCUUUUCUUUCCUUUCCUUUCCUUUCUUUUUCCCUCGGAGGGAAUUGCUCAUAACAUAAAAGUACCGAUAGAAAAUCACCGAGACAAUCUACUAGAAUGCAUGCUGCACCAUGCCGGGUUUCCAAGAGCUCCUUGAUUCCCAGCAUCAUCUCACAACAUACCACCUCUACCACGAUGGCCCCGGACACAUCCUGAUCUCACCAGAGAAGCAAUCAAAAGACAAACGAAAAGUGGGCAAAUUAAACACCACCAAAGAUGCUGGGGACACCACUACCACUCAUCCCCAAGGGAGCUUCUACAUGCACCGACCAUUCCUCAGCUUCCACAAUGCCCCCCGCACCCUGCGACACGGCAGCGCCAAGACAGGGGCCCCCAUUUGCAUCAUGAACGACUCACCCCUCUGGGGCCGCUGGAAUCUGCAAUUCGGCGAAGAAGAGCUCGCACAGGCGCUCGAUCCGCGCGGGGUCGUCGCAUGGCAAUCGCGCAGCAACGCCAACAACAGUCGCGACAACGACGACACCGCGCUAAAGGGCUACAAAGUGCGACGCUGGCGCUUAUGGGGAGAGUCCGGCAAGGCCUACCACCGCGAAGUCAACGCCGCCCGGAAACACGACAAACCCGUCCUCCACCGCCAAUCCAGCGACAAGGGCUCCUCGGCGGCGUCCUGCACCGAAGACGAAGGCGAGACGCACGACGCCGUGCGCGCCGCCUACACCUCGUCCCUGAAAUGGGUGUCGCCCAUCUCGAGCCGCACCCGCUGGUACCAGCUGACCUACGACGGAAUCGACCUCGUCUGGAAGGGCACGCGCGACCUCCGACGCGGGCAAACCAUGCGACAGUGCUUCAUGCCGUUUCACCACCUCAAGCUGGUCGCGCGUCUGCCGCCGCUGUUUGUGGGGGACCGCGAUAGCGAGGUCCUGCUCGCGCAGUACUCGAGUAGCUGGGGGAGCGAGAAGCACGGCUCGUUGGUGAUUCUGGAUGAGGUCGUGAGCCGGAUUUUCGACCGCGGGCGGUCGUUAUCGGAGUCGAGUGGGUUGCGCGGGGCGAAAAGGGCGGACCAUCUGGAACGGGUGUACCAGUUGAUUUUGACGACGGCGUUGUGCAUGAUUGUUGGCGAGGGGCAGAAACGGGGGAUUCUUUUGGCUCUUUUAGCGUUGAUCGCGGAGGGGGUUGGGAGUUGAAUUUUGGAGUUGGUUGUCGAAUCUUGUUUUUUUUUUUUUUAAUGUCUUUUCAAUGGACGACAUGCUUGACUGUCGG